AUGACUGGGGUUGCUUUUGUGUCUUUAAGGACCAAUCAGCACUACAAAGCCAACAACUUUGGGAGCUGUCAGUGGCCAACACCUUCACCAGGUGCAUAUGCUGUACGGGAUUUUCUUGAAGAAGCCCAGCUCAACCCAGUGAAACCCACAUACAAUUUUAAAGGAGAAGGCAGAAAGAGACCUUCCAUCUUUCAUCCAAAAGUGGACCUUUCCAUUCUGGGUGUUUACACAUAUAUGCCUCCUAGUUUUACUGAUUUAGCAAGAAAAAGGCUAGCAACAUAUUCAUUUAAAAGCACGCCAAGGAAAAGUUCCAACACCUUAAAUUUCAGAGAUAAGGAUAUUGACCUUGCACCGGGACAAUACAACCUUCUCCCUCCUGAAGUUCCCAAGUUUUCAGCCAAGCAGUUUAUGUUUCGUUCUGCAGUUCAAAGGUGCAGAUCAACCUACUUCACUCCUAAAGAAGGGCCAGGACCAGGUGAAUAUGAGAUAAAGAAGGAAACGCUCCAUCCUAUAUGCUCAAGCUUCCAGUCCAAAGUGCCACGGUUGCUGCCAAUCCGUUCAAAAAUACCAGGUCCAGGAGCUUAUGAGCCCACAAGACACUUUCCAGAGCAACCACGGACUAUUGAGAGCCUAGGUAAAGAGCACAGCAUCUUCUUCAGCAACACACUUGGGUUUUAGAAUAAAAACAGUCAACAUACCAAAUUCCAAAAAGUGGAUUCUGAGUGAAGGGACAAUCUUCUCCCCCUAUUCCCAGUCUCCCUUUCAUCAUCACCCAGCUGUAUGUGUACAUGAAAUCCAUGCCAUUAGAAACUCAGCAUUUGCCACCAGUUGUUACUGAGAUGGCAUAUUUAUUUCCUAUUCUCCGUUGGGAAAAGACUCAUAUUUAUUAUCAUCAAAUAUUGACUGUUGAACAGAUACUGCUGCAAGUACUACUGAUAGA